AGUUCUGGUUAUUAGAGAGUGCCCGAAAAUCUUGGGGUUGCCUUUCUCAAACCACAUUGUUUCCCCAGAUUGGUUCCCCAAGCUACAGGAGCUGGAGGUACAUGACUGUCCCGAAUUCUUACUAGUGAUUCCCAUCUCCUGGAUCGAAAGUAAGCGUUCUGUCACUGUGAAAUGUGUAAAGAUGCUAAAGGAGUUUGCAUACUCAAAAUCAUCCAAUGGAGCACAAUUGAAGAUUAUUGGAGAGGCUGAUUUGCAUCGCAUAGACCAAGUAUUCGUUUUUGAUAAAGAAACAGGUCUAGAGACGCUGACACUGGACAAGUGCCCACCUCUGGAGUUGAAGCACCUUCUGAUGCUAACCUCGCUGAAGACACUGAUUGUAAGGCAUUCAGUUGCUCUGGUUGGACCACUAGGAGGUCAGAGUGAUGUGGAAUGGCAGCUCCCUAUUGAGUAUAUCGGGAUCAAUGAAUCAAAUGGUAUCACUGGGAAGGAAUUGACAGAGCUCCUCCCCCACCUCCCAAAGCUCUCCAAGUUGGAAAUAUGGAAGUGUGAAAACAUAAAAAAGUUGGUAGUGGGCGUGGAUGUGCAACAAACAACACAAGAAGCAUCAGAGAUGGGGGGAGGUGAAAUAACAGCAGCAGCAGCAGAGGAAGAGGAUGAUGGGGUGCUGCUCUUCCCACCUCAUCUCUUUGACUCACUACAGGAGUUGGUCAUCUUUGAGUGCCCAGAGCUGGUCCUGGUCGACCCACCAACUCUUGUUCCUGGAGGAGGAGGGCUCCAAGCUUUGCGAUCCCUCCACAGAUUAACAAUAGAGCGGUCCCCAAAGUUUCUAUCCACCUUCUCCUUUUCCUGUCACAUUUUCCCUUCCUCCCUGCAGUCUCUGGUGCUUUGUGAUGUGAAAGGCUUGAGGACACUAGAGCCCCUCUCAAACCUCUCCUCUCUCACCACAUUAGUAUUGUUUGGUUGUGGAGAGGAUCUGAAAUGUCAGGGCUUGUGGUCACUCAUUAGCAUCGGUGGCCAUCUCCAAGAAUUAAAAGUCUCAGGCAGCCCUGGUUUCUUUGCUGAUUGGGAUCCCAAUCCCAGACGGGCUUUGGAGAACGUUGAAGGAGGUGAAGAGCAGCAGACACAGCUUGUUUCGUCCACACUGCGUGAGCUCAGGACAGAGGACAUAGCAGGACUUCUUGCUGCACCCGUCUGGAGAUUCCUCUCUUCCUCCCUGACCAAGCUGCAACUUCAUGGGGAUUGGUGUGAAGGGAUGGAUCGGUUCAUCAAGGAGCAAGAGGACGCCCUUCAACUCCUUUCCUCCCUCCAGGAACUAGAGUUUUGGAGUUUCAAGGACCUUCAACAUCUCCCUGCAGGGCUGUGUAACCUUACCAGCCUCAAGAUAUUAUCAGUUAACUUCUGUCCAGCCAUCUCGUCAUUGCCCAAUGAUGCCCUCCCGGAUUCACUGGAAAAGCUAGAUGUCUAUAAAUGCAGUGAGGUGCUAAAACAGUACUGCAGGGGGUUAGAGGGAACCAUCCCAGAAAUCAAAAUAUGGUGA